AUGUCGGAAGAAGAUGAGUAUCUGAAACAACAACGAUUGGCUUUUGAGGCCCAAUUUGGUUCUUUAGAAGAUAUGGGGUUUGAUGAUAAAACUAAGACUGUUCAAAAAAGUGAUGACGAAAGUGCCAGUUCAGAUGAGAGUGCAAGUGAAAAUGGGAAUGGAAGUGAAAAUGAAGAGGAUGGCAGUUAUGUAAGUACAAGUGAAAAUAUAAUACCUGCAACUAUAACUCCGAAGAAAGAAUCAUUAAAGGUUAAAAAACCUAAAAUCAUAAAAUUUCAAGGUCCCUCGGACUCUUACGUUGCACCUAGUAAGAAAGAAUUAAAGAUAUUACGUAGUGGUAAAACAUUAGUACGUAGUAAAGCCUAUGACCAAGAUGAAUCACAAGAAGUUAGUGAAAAUGAAAAUGACGAGGCAGAUAAUUUGAAAAACGAUUUAGAGUUACAAAGAUUUCUUCAAGAAUCACAUCUAUUAAGUGCAUUUAGUAAUACACUUACGCAACCUAGUGGGGCAGAUUUGACUCUUCAAACAAUAAAUAAUAACGAUGUUACAGCAUACAUGGAUGACCAAUUGAUGGGGAAGGCUCGGUCACGUACUUUGGAGAUGCGGUUGAAGAAUCUUUCCAGCACAAACGGCCACGACAAAAAAGUAAACCGAUUAGAGAAAGUUCCUAUUAAUAUGCGUAAGGGGUUAGUAGCAAAACAUCAAAAAAGAAUUGCUAGAUAUGAGAAAGACGCCAAAGAAGGUGGGAUAGUCUUGUCUAAAGUUAAAAAGGGUGAGUUCAGGAAGAUCGAGGCGACUUACAAAAGAGGCGUCGAAAAGCGAAUCGGGACCAACAUCAAAUCUCAUGAGAAUGCCCGUAAUGCCAAGAGAACAAGAGGUUUACGCAUCAACAGUGUUGGGAGAUCUACUCGGAACGGGCUAAUCAUCUCCAAGGAAGAUAUUGCUCGAAUCAAUGGAUCUUCUGGAGGGCGUCGUGACUCCUCGAAGAAGAGUAAAGGUCGCCGCUAG